AUGAAGAUGUCAAACUCCACCAAAGAUCCAAAACAAAAGAACAGUCGAGAGAAAGAUACAGCAGCUAAUGUAGACGAGGAGGGUUUUUCCGAAGAGCAGGCAGCGCUUGACUCCGAUGCAAUUCACCUUAUCAGUAAAGCAUUUGGCGGGCCCAUGGCUCGGUUACAGAUAAGAGAAUCUCGACGACUAUCUCAACGACUGACAACAGAAACGUCGAGUGAACAUUCCGAUUAUGCCAAAGGAGAAAGGUCGCCCAGGAGCGCCCCACGAGCUCUAUUGUAUGGUCGUUUGGAUCAUUACAAUCGGAUAGGUCAAAACUGGAGGUUGGUUGUAGAGAAUGUAAGGGUUACGAAGAGGAAACAAUUGCUGCGAGAGAGAACAAAACGAAAGCGAUGUUCUUUGUGGCGUGCCGCUUCAAUACCUCCUGUUGGAUGUCGCGACGAAAGAAAUCAAGAGUGCAAUGAAGGAAGAAACUUAGUAUUCCAUGAAUGUGAAGAAAUUCAAAUUCUCGGAUACGAUGACCUCUAG